AUGUCGUUCGUUGUCAAAGCCGUAGGAAUUUUACAACAAUCAACAACUGUUGCUCUUCUCUGGAAUGGCACGUCCGUCCGUAAUAUGGCAACCCUUAAAGAUAUUAAUCGCCGUUUAAAAUCGGUAAAAACGUUUUAUGAUAAUUUAGAAGUAGAAAAAGCCGAAGAUCCUGAAAAGCAUUUAUUUAUUGCAGCAACAUCUGAUCGUGGUCUUUGUGGUGCAGCUAAUUCAUCAAUUGUUAAAAAUAUUCGUACACAAUUAACUGGUGGAAAACAAAAUUUAGAAGGAAAAAAAAUUGUUGCUAUUGUAGAUAAAUCCCGUACAUCGGCUAUUACUUAUACAACAACAUGUCAAAAAAUUUUAUCCGAUGAUACAAUAUCACGUUCAAAAACAAUUCAAGUAUAUGAUUUAAUUGAUGCUGAUGUACUUUGUUCAUUUCAAGAAUUUAAUUUAGCAUUUGUUCUUUAUUAUGCUAUGAAAGAAAAUGCAACAUCAGAACAAUCAUCACGUAUGACAGCUAUGGAUAAUACUACCAAGAAUGUCGGAGAAUUAAUUAAUAAAUUAACUACUUAUUAUAACAGAACACGACAAGCUGUUAUUACAACUGAACUUAUUGAAAUUAUUUCGGGUGCUGCUGCUUUAGAACAAAAAAAUUAG